AUGCCCGCCGAGACUGCUGAGUACCUCUUCGACGCUGCUCUGGUGCCGUCCGAGCUGCGCCAGUCCCUCCCCGCCGGCCUCUCGCUCCGCCCGCUCGCUUCAUCAGACUACUCGCGCGGACACCUCGACCUCCUCGCACACCUCACCUCCUCGCCCGACGUAGGCCAGCAGACAUGGUCGACACGAUUCGACGAGAUGCGAGCGGUCAACGCCGUCCAGCUCACGUACCUGCCGGUCGUGAUUGUCGAGGACGAGUCGGACAGGCUUGUGGGGCAGGCAACGGUCGUGGUCGAGCGCAAGUUCCUUCGUGGAGCUGGACUCGUGGGACACGUCGAGGACGUCGUGGUUGACCCGAAGAUGCAGGGAAAGAAGCUUGGGCUGAAGUUGCUGGAGGUUGUGACGGCUUUGAGCGAGAGAGUCGGCGCCUACAAGGCGAUCCUGGACUGUGACCCGAAGAAUGAGGCGUUCUACGUCAAGUGCGGAUACGAGAACAAGGGCUGUGAGAUGGCAAAGUACCGGAAAUGA